AUGGCACCCACCUCCGGUUAUAUGAGUGACAGGAGGCAGUACUCUAUAAGGGCACCGGUGGUCACCACCACAGAGCAGCAGACCUCCAUCCUAAAGAAAUCAUACCUACAGGAGCACCCAGAAUACGAGCGACAGUGGGAAGGUAGCAGUAAUGAAGCAGACCAUCAUAAUAGAGUGUUUGACUUCCAGGUCAGACGGGCUGAACAGGAGUCCCCAGACAACCUCAACCCCUCUCAGGCUGACAUCUCACCCUGCUCAGCUUCCAAAGAGGACCUCAACACCUCCCUGGGGGUGUCAGACCUCAGGACCAGGCUGUCACACGAAGAACCCACCUUCAGGUCAAUAUACAUGGGCAGCAGGCCCGGCCGACACAGCCUCUCCAGCCGACCCCUGGAGGUCCAUAGCUUCUCUACUCCACUCAGACCCAAGUGGACCUCCACUCUGCUAUCCUCUCUCUCGCCUUCCUACAUCCCCCAUUUGCACCCCUCCAGACAGAGACGGACAGAGCUGAGAAUGGUUGCAGGUGAAGUUUAUCAAUCAUGUGAAGGGGGAGGGGAAACGUAUCUAAACGUAGGCCCUUCAGUGGGCGACUCCAAGGGUCGCUCCAACCCUGCGCUCCACACCAUGUCCCCCCACCAGGUCAACUGCUGGCCCUGUACCAUUUCCAGCUCCCUGCCCCACUCCCCAGACCGACACUCUUCGAGCUGGGACCCUGAUAAGGAGUAUCAGACCCUCCUGGACUACACCUACCCCCUGAGGCCAGGUAGGGUGGUGGGUGGAUGGGAUACCUCUGAGCUCGGGGGUGGGUCUCUCAUCCAGACAGACCCGGGCCUCCUGGAUUCAGGGAUAGAACUGAACCGCCUCUGUAGCUCCAUCAGCCUAUCAGCUUUGGACUUUUCCCUAAGUGUCACGGCAGGGGUGGGCACUAGUAGGGCCAGGGAGAUGGGGAUGCUGGGUAUAGGUCAGAGGUCAUCUGAGCUGCGUGGGUUCUCACACUCCAAGUCCUCUGAUGGUCGCCUCUCCACUAGCCCCUUCUUCUCUGCGGACCCUAUUGGUCUAUCAGUAGAGAGUCUGGACUAUAGUGGAAGUGGUGGUGGUCACUACCGCCAACAUGGUAGCUCCUCUUCCUCUUCCACCACGUUCAUCCGCACAACCAGUAUCCUUCCCCGGCCAGGAUACCUCGGGGAGUGGGAUUGGGACGAGGAGUUCUGGCCUCUCCCGGAGCAGUUGGAGGAGCUCCAGGGUUUGUCCCAGCAGGUCAGGGAGGUGACGGCCCAACUCAGCCAGUCUGUCACAGCCAAUUGGGACUCCCUGGAGAGGGGGAACACCUCCGUCCAGUCCUGCAUGACCAUGGCAGAGAAACAGGAGGCAGAGGAGGAGAUAGAAGAACAGGAGCAGAAUAAGGAGGAAGAAAGGGAGGAUGAGAAGGAGAAAGAGGAAGUGUCCAUUUCUGAAGCACUUCAAUACUUCAAUAAAGCGAUCCAUUGUGGGGAGUCCUUCCAGGCAGCCAGAGGCUCUGGUUUUAGGAUGGAGGCUGGGGUAGUAGGCAGGGGAGUGAGAAGGGCCAGUCUGAGGGAGGCGGCGGGCAUGGUGGACCAGCUGAGUGGACUAACCCUGCCUGAGUUCCAGACGGGGAGCCAGGGGGAGCAGGAGCAAAGGGAGUCCCUCAUGCAGCACAUCCAGACCUUCUGUUCUAACCUGGAGGAGCUCAUCCAAUGGCUGUACACGGUGGUGGAGAGGAUGGAGGUGCUGGAGCCGCCCACUGUGGACAUCAAGAGUGUCAAGUCAUCCCUGGCGGAUUAUACAAGGUUUCAGAGAGAAGUAAACGCCCACCAGCCCCUGACCACCUCUGUUCUGCAAACUGGAGAGCUUCUCCUGGGUUGUUUGACCUCCACUUCUCCCGUUCUGAAAGAGACCCUCUGUCUUAUUGAGAGGCAGUCCAAAGCGCUGGAGACCCACUCAGAGCACCUCUUCUCCUCUAUUAUCUCGGCCAUGGACAGACUGACCCAGCCCAGGGAGCCCAGUGGGAGAGAGGAGACCCAGGCAGGGGACCCGGAUAGGAUGGCGGUCCAGGGGACAGCUCAGUGA